AUGACAUCUAACUAUAUUAUACACAUUGGAAACAAUAUCGUGAACAAACGAUUAAAGAUAUACGAGUACCUGAACAAAUACGAAAGAAGGAUACUAGAAAAAAAUGCAAAUGCAUUUUUCUACAUUUUAAUUAAUUUAAUUUUUGAUGUACCCAUUGAACGGUUCCGAUUAGUUAUUAAUAGGAAAUACAUUUUUUUGAAAAAAAAAAAAAAAAUAGAUACUGUCUUUAACAUAACGAAGAAGUUACUUAUACUAAAUAAUAUCAGCAUAAAGAAAAGAUUCAAAAGCGGUGAAGAGGAUGAAUACAUGGGAUGUGCUGUAAAAACCAGUUAUGUCCAAUGUAUCAAUUAUUUUCAAUGUUUCAAUGAUUCACAUUAUACCAAGAACUCUCCCAGCAUCAUCGAACAUGGACUAUUGUAUCCCAUGUACAAAUCUAGCAAUAUCUUGUCAGAAUGCACACUGAAAGACCUAGAACUGAGUCAAACACCCACCUUGUGCUACUCUGCUAGCUCUCUCUUACUAGACAAUGCAAAUAAAAAACAUAAUUUAUUCACAAAUGAGAAAAAAGAUACUUCGCACCAUAGUAUUAUGUCAGAUAUUCUUAUUAAGUCCAAUCCAGAAAAAUUAAUAGACUCGAAAAGGUUCUUCUAUGAAUUUGAAGAAGAUCCAUUUCAAAAUACUAGAUAUUCAACUAAUUAUUUGAAUCAUAUUGAUAACAGACGAAAUGAAUAUAAAAAGGAAAUAAAAAAAAAAUUAUCAUCUUAUAAUUCUUUCCAUUUCAAAGAGAUCAAAAAUAAACUGAACGAAUUUAAGUGGAAAUCAAAUGAAGAAUAUUAUUAUCCCAAAAAAACAACAACCUAUUGUGACAGUAACUUACAUAAACAGAAUAGUGAAAAUAAUUAUUGUGAAAAAAAAAGCAUUAUAUUGAUUAACAAAAAUGAAAACAAAUCAGGCAUUAAUAUUUUUGAUGAAUUUCUUGAUAUCUAUUUAUUAUUUCGUUUGAGGGGUGGUAAAGGAGGCUUUGGUGCAAAUUUAAGAAAUAAAAAAAAAAAAAAAAAAAAAAAAAAAAAAAGUAAUUUAGAUGAUGCAUCAAGGAAUGCUAGAGGAACAAGAACACUCGUGGAUACCAUAAUAAAAACAACAGAAAUUUUGGCAAAAAAAAAAAAACACGAACAAAUGUUAAUUGAAAAACUUAAUACUGCUGCACCUUUUAUUCAUCGUUUCUCCUAUGACAGCUCUGAUGAAUUGACUAACAAUAACAAUCAGACCCUUAAAUCGGAAAAAUGGAAAGAAGAUAAACUUGGGGGAAAAGUGGAUGGUCAUGAUCUACCUGAGGAACAUCAAGCUGAUGAAGAAAAUGCACAACCCCGGGCCACGAACAACCAGAGAAACCAUCUGCACGACAUUGUUUACAAUGGAAUUGUUCAAGAAAGAAAGAUAAAAGAUGAAGUGGCUAAAGAAGAAAAGAAAAAAAAAGAAAAGACAAAAAAGAAAAUUGACAAGGAUAAUAAAAUGGGCAAAGAUAGGAACCUCAAAUCGAUUGAAAAUAUGUAUACGUGUUUGUGA